CACAAAGCGGGGGGUUAGUCCCGCCCUUGCUCAUCACAUCACUCGCUCUCUCUCACAUCCCCUCUCGCUUGCGCGCUCCCAUCACAUCGCUUGUUUUCUUCAUCAACAUCUCAUCUCAUCAACACCCAUCAAGACAAACACAUCGUUAUGAGUGGCAUGCCACCACCUCAAGUCCCAAGGACAAACGCGGGCUCCGUGCCCAUGGCGACAUCUGGCACCCAGUCGCCCCUCUCCAAGUCACCUGGCACCCGCUCCCCCGUAUCUCGCUCACCCGUCGCCAAGUCGCCCAUUCUCAAACCUCUUACCACCAAGAUCUCUGCACCUGUACCUCCCCUUUCAGCCCCACCGGUCCCCGAGAUUCUGUCGGUGCCGGCACUCGGAGCGGAAGGGCAUGACGCCCUUGCCGAAGCCAUCAGCAAGAUCGACGAGCUGCGUCUCAGCCACCCACCGACACCUGUGACCUCUCCGCCCGAGAGCGCGAGCGCCUCCAACCCUGCCUCCAGACGCGCGUCGCAGGUUGGUUUGAUGCCUGCUAGCGUGUCCGAGAAGCGUUUCUAUUCGCCCCCCGCUACGCCGCACUUUGGAGCCCAGACCGACCUCCUGAGACAGCUCGACGACAGCACCAAGGUCAUUCGCCAGAGUCGCGACUCGAGCGACGGCCUCAAGCGCGCACCUUCGGUGUCGGGCAUAGGCGGUGUCGUUGAGAAGCCAGAUUACUCCGAGGCCAAGAUUGUCGUCGCAAUGGUCGGCCUUCCUGCUCGUGGCAAAUCGUACCUCUCCAACAAGAUGAUGCGCUACCUGCGAUGGCUCGAGUACAACGUGGAGGUGUUCAAUGUGGGGCAGCUCCGGCGGUCCAAGGCUCGUGAGAGUGCUAAACUUGGAGGUAACAAGGCAGACCACUCUGCUACGUUCUUCUCGGAUAGCAACGCGGACGCCAAAGCCGCGCGCGAGCGGCUAGCUGAGGAGUCGCUGGAGAGCCUUAUCUCGUGGCUGAAGAAGGAGGGCAACGUUGGUAUCAUGGACGCCACCAACAGCACGUACGAGCGCAGAGCAAGGAUCAGGGACCGCAUUGCGCGCGAGCCCGGCCUACAGCUCAUGUUCCUCGAGUCGGUGUGUGAUGACCCGGAUGUGAUCGCAACAAACAUUGCCCUCAAGGCGUCGUCGGGUGACCCGGACUACGCGGGCAUGUCCAGAGAGGAGGCUAUUGCCGACUUCCGCAAGCGCAUCGAGGCUUACGAGCGCGUGUACCAGACUGUAUCCGAGCCGGACAUCUCGUACUGCCGUAUCCUCAAUGUCGGAAGCCGUGUGACGAUCAAUCGCAUCGAGGGAUACUUGCAGUCGCGCAUGGCGUUCUACCUUAUGAACCUCCACCUCAAGCCGCGCUCGAUCUACCUGUCCAGGCAUGGCGAGUCAAUGUACAACGUGCAGGGCAAGAUUGGCGGCGACGCUGAACUGUCUCCGCGCGGACUGCAGUACAUGCAGGCCCUGCCGGGGCUUGUGAAGGAGCACAUCGGCGAUGUCGAGUACGAAGUGUGGACGUCGACCCUCACCCGCACGAUCCAGACGGCUUCUCUGCUUCCGCGCGAGAAGAAGCAGUGGAAGGCGCUGGACGAGCUCGACGCCGGCGUCUGCGACGGCAUGACGUACGAGGAGAUUGAGGAGAAGUACCCGGAAGACUACGAGGCGCGGGACGAAGACAAGUUCAACUACCGCUACCGCGGCGGCGAGUCGUACCGCGACGUGGUGGUGCGCCUCGAGCCCGUGAUCAUGGAGCUUGAGCGCGCCGACAACGUCCUGAUCAUCGGGCACCAGGCCAUCAUCCGCUGCCUGUACGCCUACUUUAUGGGGCUGUCGCAGGAGCAGCUGCCGUACAUCAAUGUGCCGCUGCACACGCUUAUCCGCAUCUCGCCGCGCGCGUACGGGUGUCUCGAGGAACGGUUCCCGGUCCCCAUUGAGAGUGUGGACACGCACCGGCCCAAGCCGCCGAAGAAGGGCGCAAAGGUCGACGUGCAGCCUGCCGACACGACCAAGCGCGACUACUUUGGCAGCAACACGCAGUCGUCAGAAUCGGCCGUGACAACCUCGCAGUAGAUGUAGUCUAGACAGUUGUAGACGGAAAUGUACCCUUAGCAUCUGGA